CUGCUCUCACCUGAGCCUGGCUCCCACAAUUCCCUGGUGCCUCCGGGUCAGGUCUCGGAAAGCUGUGUUUUGUGUAGGUGAUGAACAUAAACACGGGGUUUGUCUCCGUUUGGUCCCGUUGUUUUCGCUGAGACCCGCUCCCGGGCCUGGGGCUUGAGGCUGAGACGCGCUCUCCGUGACUGACAGCAUGGCCACCCCGCCGCCCGGGGAUCCGAAGCUUGUGUCCCAGAUAGUGAAUCACCUGAAGAGUCAGGGGCUGUUUGACCAGUUCCGAAGGGAUUGUUUGGCUGAUGUGGAUACGAAGCCAGCGUAUCAAAAUUUGCGUCAGCGAGUUGAUAACUUUGUCGCCAGUCACUUAGCAAGCCACACAUGGAGUCCUCAUCUAAACAAGAACCAGCUGAGGAACAACAUCAGGCAGCAGGUGCUUAAGUCUGGAAUGCUAGAGUCUGGCAUUGACAGAAUUAUUUCACAGGUUGUCGACCCAAAGAUAAACCACUUAUUCAGACCUCAGGUGGAAAAAGUUGUUAAAGAAUAUUUGGCCAUGAUGAAUAAUAAAGAGGAUGGAAAUGUAAAUACAGAACAAAACGAGGAGCGAUCAGAAGCCUCCAUCUCUGUUCCUGGUUCUCUACCAGCAGUUGGACCUAGCACCAAUGUAGCAAGUGAUGCAAUGUCCAUUUUGGAAACAAUCAGUUCACUCAAUCAAGAAGCAACUGCUGCUCGUGCCUUCAUAGAAACUCCGAACAAUAAAAACAGUGACAAAGUGAGCAAAAGAACAAUUCAGCAAAGUUUUGAUGCUACAGAAGAAAAGGAUCGUACUUUAGAGGAAACUCAAGAGGUGGAAAAAUCCAUCCCUGAUAUGCUGGUUGCAGAAACAGAACCUGAUAUAAAGACAGAAGAUUCCAAUGAUAUUUCUUCCACUGUAGAAGCCUUUAAACAACCUGACGCAGUUGGCAUCUCACAGAGCAAAGACAUUCCAAAUGAAAAUGAGGAGCAAAAGCCAAAAGCUGUAGAGAGUGAGAAGAAAAAUGAGGUCAGUGAAAUAGCACAGAAGAAAGAGGAUAAGAAGGAAGCAAAGACUGAAAAAAGAAAUGAGUACCCCAAAAAGGGUGAUGAUGUUGUAAAGGUUAAGGAGGAUAAGACGGUGAAAGAACGUGAGAACGAACCAGAAAAGAGCAGCAGUAAACAGAAGGCAACUAGCACCUUAAAAGAAGAUAAUCUUUCUGUAGAUUCAGAUAUUGAUGAUUAUACAGAUGUCACUGUCAGUUCUGUGCAUACAAGUGACCUAUCUUCAUUUGAGGAAGAAAGUGAGGAAGACCCAGUGGUUUCAGAUAGUACUGAGGAGGGAGAAAUUACCUCUGAUGACGAAGAGGACAAGGUAGAUGGAAAGAAUAUUGCCAAGCCAGAAACUGAUCAGAAUGAAGUAAAGGCAAAAUCAAGCCGUCAGAUAUAUGUGCACAAACCAUACUUGUACUCCAAAUACUACAGUGAUUCUGAUGAUGAACUUUCAGUGGAGCAACGUCGGCAGUCUGUUGCAAAGGAAAAAGAAGAGAGACUUUUAAAAAGACAAGUGAAAAGGGAGAGACUGGAAGAAAAGCGUAAGCAGAAAGCAGCUGAGAAAACAAAGAACUUAAAAAUCAGCCAAGGGAAAGCCGUGACUUCCAAACAUGUCAAGGCAAAAUCUACCAGCAUAAAGGAGGUGCUAAAGGAACAAAUGUUUUUAGAAAAAAAAGUAGCAAGGAGCAAGAAGAAAAUAAGAGCGUCAAGGAAUGAAAAAAAUACCCUGAAGUCAAAAUCUGACCUUUUGGAAGAAGAUAUGAAGGAUUCAAUUAAAAAUGAGUCACAUGACAAAACUUUACUUAGUAAAGAAGCAAAGCAUAAUAUUGGGCGGAGUGAUAAGCCCUCUAAAGUAAUAGCAGAAUUAGCCGAAGAAUGUAAAACUGAUAUUCGAACAGAAAAGGACUUUAAGAAAAGAACACCACUGGAAAAGAAUGAGACAAAUGUUGAAGAACAGCAAAGACAGAAAAGUGCACAUAAAACUGAAAAACUGAAAAAGGAAAGCCAUGAUAGUGAAUCGCCCAGCAUGAAAGUGGCACAGAAAAAGGACCCAAAAAUGCAUAGAAAUGAGCGUGAAAGAACUGUGUCAGAAGACAGGUCGUCCUCCAAAUAUAGAUAUAAAACCGAGAAUAUAAAUAAAACAAAUGACGAUUCUGACGCUCAAAAAUCUAAGAAAAAUUCAAAAGAUGACGAUACCCCACAUAAGCGUAGUCAAAGCAAAUCCGGCUCUGAAGAAAGAUCUGAUCGAAAAAGUAAGCAUAAAAGCGAAGGCAAAUCUUCCUCUUACAACAAAGAGGAGAAAACAUCUGGAACUGAGCAUUCUAGCAAAACAGGUGAAAGUGUUCACAGAGAGAGUAAGCGAGAACGACGCCAGUCUGAGGAAAAAUCAAGAUCAGAACACAAGUAUAAGCGAUCACUUAGCGAUUCCAGAACACACCGAGACUCUCAGAUUGAUUCAAGACAACAUAGUAGUUCUCAGAAAAAGUCAAGGAUCUCCUCUGAUGAUAAAACUGAAUCUGAUUUAGCACGCACAAAUGCAAAGCAAGAGGAAAGCACUCACAGAGAUAAAAGGAGAUCAUAUAGUUGCUCAGAAGAACGUGUUUCUUUAAAAGUUAAAUCAAAAAGUAGCGGCAAAUCAUCAAAACUGAGUGACCAGGAAGAGCCAGCACAAAAGAAUGACAAAGAUAAGACUUUAUUGGAAAAUUAUGCUGAAAAAUACCAAAAACUUAAAUCUGAAGACCAUGAAGAAGCAAAAGAUGCAGUCACUACUCAGGCAUCAAGUACUGUAUCAAAAGAUGUCAAUUAUAAGUCCAAACAUUCAGGAGACAAAGAAAAGGAGAAAUCUCGAAGUGACAAUAGAGAACGUUCUUCUUCAAAACUCGAUAAGAAGCAUAUAGGAGAAAAUAUAAAAGGUAUAAGCUCAAAGCACAGCCAUAAGGACUUAAAACGUAAAGGGGAGAGUAGUAAGCCAGAUGACAAAGGUUCCAAAGUUACUGAUGAAAAAAGAGCACAAGAAAGAAGCAUUUUGGAUAAAAAAUCAAGUAAAAAAACCCCAAUGGAAUUUAAAGGGGAAAGCUCUAAAGGCAGUGUGACUUCUAAAAAAGGCUCAAAACUAGAAAAUGAUGGAAAUGAUCAUGCCGGGAGAAAAAGAAAGCUUUCUUCAUGUUCUUCUGACUCCAAAGAUAUGUCAUCUAUAAUGAACGAAGAACUUUCUCGUGACAGUGUAAAAUCUGAAAGAAUAUCCGUGGAAAAAGGAUUUGAAACGGCUGAAUCAGUAGCUGUCUCAGAGCCUUUAUUUGAAUUAAACAGCAUUUGUCCUAACGCAAAUGCCACCAGCAUAGACGGUGGGUAUGGAAAGGAGAACAGACUAAAGCAAGAUUCUAGCAUUAGAGGAGUAAAUGCUGCAUCAGUAUGUUCAAGAAUCUUCUCUGGUGAGCACAGUGAAAAUAAACCUGUUGAUGAUUUCACACAGCCUUCUGAAGAUGAUACUAGGCAAUACUCGGAGACUGCUGCUGCUACAGUAGGCAAUUGUUCUGAAAGGACUCCUGUAACAAGUGCAGAAUGUAGUACUCCUAUUAGUGAUGUUAUAGAUCUUCAGCAUGUAAGUGGUGGUGAACAUUUUGCUCUUGAACAGACGAGUCCUAAACCAGAAUCAUGUGUUACCAUUAAUUCUACCUUUUCUCCUGUUGAUAUAUCGACUGAAAUAACAAAUGAUGUGAUUUCAACAACUGCAACUGGUGAAACUGAUGCGAAUAAGGAGGCAGUUAAAAUAAAGCACACAAGCUCUGACUGUGAUACUUUGGCAGUAGACAAUAUUGUUACUGGAAAUGAUGUUGAAGAAGUUAUGCAGAUAACCAGUGAUAACGAUAUGGCAGAGAAUAAUUGCGAAUCAGUUGGUGAGGAGAGUGUAUCAGCUGUUGGAACUUGUUUUGUUCCUUAUAGAGAAAGCAGUACAGACAGUACAAUUGUGGAAACAAGUUCCGAAAGAAAUGAUAUAGUGGUUGCUGAACUGAAUGAAAGAUAUGCCUUUCCUUCAUCUCGUGCACAGGACAGAAAUAUGUCUGAAUGUGAGGAUACGGCAACCUCAUCCUGCUCCACAAUUGAACAUACAGAGAAUGUGUCCCUCAGAGGAACAAUUAUUUAUACUAACAGUUUAGGUGAAAAUUCCGCAACAUCAACAAACGUACAUCUGGAUAAUGUUAUGGCCACAAACCGUAGUGAAUAUGCAGUAGGUGUUGGUAAUAGUGGGGAAUGCACUGCCACCACUUCUGCUGAUUUUGAAAAUUUAGGUGAAGCAGACAUCACAAUGUUAUCAGAAAAUAGCUUUGAAGUUGCAACAACUUCCAGUGUUAGUACAGCAUGCUCCCCAGAGAGAAGCCGGGAAAGUGCACCAACUUCAUCUCAGAGAGGAAUCGGCGCUGUACUAGAAGCAGAGGCUAUUUGUGAUGUAUUAUUGAAACCUGCAACUUCAUCAGAUGGUAAUAUGGCAUCUUCGGCUGGCACCCCCAAAAAUGCAGCAACAUCUUCUAACAGUCAAGAAAGUGACACAGAAAAUGGUGACGUAAGUGAAGCUACUAAAUAUUUCACAAGACAUGCCGCAUCCUCUUCUGUCAGUGCAGAAGACAACGACGAUAGAUUUCCAACCUCUGAAAAUAUCAUUACUCAUUCAGCAACCUCUUCUAUCCAUGCAGUUGAAAAUAAAGCUGCCGAUUUGAUUUCUGAAAAUGACUCCAUAAAUGCAGCAACUUCCUCUUACAAUGCUUUGGAAAAAGAUUCUCUCUCAAUUCCAGAAAAUGUAAUGAUGCUUGCAGCAUCAUCUUCUGACAAUGUGGAGAUACAUGAUGAUCAUUCUGGGUUAGUUGCAGCAACUUCAUCUGACAUUGCAGCUCCACUCUCUAACCCAGAUGGGGUUUCUCAUGAUAUUGGUAUAAUAACACAUGCAUCAACUUCUUCAGAUGUCCGUGUAGAUAAUGAGGUACUCCAGGGGUCUGACAUUUUUUCAGUAAAUGCAGCAACCUCCUCAGACAGCACCGUGGAAGACAAUGGUAUUCUUCAGGGCUCAGAAAAUGCUCAUGCACAUGCAGCAACCUCUUCAGAUAUCAUUGUAGACAACAGUGGCGCUCUUCAGGCCUCUGAAAAUGUUCUGGCAAAUGCAGCAACCUCUUCAGACAGUUUAGCAGAAAAUGUUGUUCUGGAAGUCUCAGAAAAUGUUUUGUCAGCAGCUUCCUCAAGUAGUGCAAUAGAUAGCAGCAGAAUAUUACAUUUUGAGGGUUCUAUUUCUUCAGAAAUUGACAAUGAAAAUGUAGCCGCUUCAUCCAGCAAUAUAAUGGAAAGCAGUUUAGCCGAUGCUUCUGGUGUAUGGUUGCAAAAUCCUAGUGGAGAUAAUACAGCAAGUUCUUCUGGUUAUUUAGACAGAGACUCCAGGUUUCAGCAUAACACCAUACAGUUUGGUAGUGCUGAGGAAAGCAAAAAUGUUAGAGCAACAUCAACUACUCUGAAAGACAUUGGUGUGAGUGAAAGAUGUUCUAGUGUUAUAUCUUCAGGAACUCAUGUUGUAAACUCCUCAGACUCCCUUGUAAUGGACAGUAGCACUGAAGUUUCUGUUAUUAGUCAAGUGGACGGCGGGGAUGCAGCAAGCUGUUCAAGCAGUGGUGCAGAACAGGGUCAUGAAGACCAAAAACACGCAGACCACCUCAAAGAGAGAGAAAAUACUGCCUCAUCAAGCUGUGCAUUAGAUAACAGUAUAGAAGAUAUGUGUGUUGAUCCUGAAGUACCAAGCCAGAAUGGAAGUGAUGAAGCUGCAUCAUCCUCAAGUUCUUUAAAUACUAGUAGUGUUCAGCGUUCAGGUCAUAAAUCCUCAUUAAGUCCCAACAAUAUAAAUGUUGCUGCAUCUUCAAGUGUUGCAAUGAACAGCAGUAGUGAUAGCCUGAAUUUUUCUGUACUAUGCCCUGGAAACAGUACUGAUAAUGCUGCCACCUCAUCAAGCAACAUAACCGUUAGUGGAGCAGACUGUGUCCUUAGCAACAAUACACUAGCUACAACUUCUUCAAAUAUUUCAAUGGAUAGCAGUACUGGAGAGGACCUAGAGCUGGAUACUGAAAAAGCAAGUACUUCAACAUCCUCAAGCACUUUAUUGAAUAACGACAAAAGAGCACAAGAUAUUGGGACUGAAAAAGACAGUAUUACAGCUUCUUCUAGUACUACAAUAGAAAACUGCCCAAUUGCAAAUGAAGAAACUGCAGGUAGCUCGUUUACAGUCAGUGGGAAUGCAGCCACUUCUAGUGAUACAACUUCUAGUAGUAAAAACAAAAAUACAAGUACUCCUGAUAUUAAUACUGCUACUACAUCCACAGUUAUAGCAGAAAUACUUACUGCAGAUGAGAGAACUGAAAAUGUAAACAUUUGUUGUGACAUCAACAGUGAAGCUACAGCAGCUUCUUCAAGUAACAACAUGGAAUCCUCAUCUGGUAGUGUUGGAGGGAAUGCAACAUCUUCAGAUUAUAUGAUGGAUAGCAGCUUAGAAGGAGAAAAUGUGUCAGAGACACAGAAAAAUGAAGAGGCUGCUAGUUCUUCCGGUCUGUCUACUAAUAUAAGGCUGCAGGAAAUCCAAACUGUGACAGUGGGCAGCCAAAAUCUUGAAGAUGCAACUACUUCAUCCAGCACAGAAAGAGCAAAUACUUCCUUUGUCUAUAGCAGCAACAAUAGUGAAAGUAAUGUUAGUUAUCAUAAUGUUGAGGCUACGGUUGAGUCAAGCUUUGCAUCAUCACAAAGUGACAUCGACACAUCUGGUACUUCAGAAGAGACUUUGGUGCUAAGUGCAAGUGGCAAGAAUGCAGCUAUGCAUCCUGUACUUAACUCGGAUGACAAUGUAAAUCAGGAUUAUGAAAGGGCCGAUGAAAAGGAAGAUGCUGUGAGUAGUGCCAGCUCUCAAGAAUAUAAACUUUGCAGUAAUGCUCCUAGGCAAAAUAUAAAGCAAACAAGAGAUGGAGAAGUUGAUGGAGCUGUUACCAGUGGUGGCGCAGAAGUGAGUGAAUCGGCUAUGGCUCCUGAAAAUUUCGAGACAUUUGAUCAUGUGACUUGUGCAAAAGCUGGGGCAAUUGUUGAUGACGGCGAUGUACUUCUUGUCCCAGUGGAGGAUACCCCUGUCUCUCAUACUAGCAGAACUGACCCUAGUGAAGAAAGCUUGGUUGCUGAGGAUACAGAAAACAAUGCUUCCUUUGAGAGUGCAAAUUGUGAGACACCAGCAAGUAUAGGUAACGCCUAUGAAGCCGAAACACCAAAUGAGCAAUUUACAUUAGAGGAAGGGGAAGGUGCUGUCACCAGCACUGGGAUAACAGAAGAAAGUGAUAGAGCAAAAGUGAGGCAAGACAUAAGAAAAAGUGAUAGUUCCUGCACUGAGGCUGAAAUUGAACCUGGUGGCCAUGCUAUGAGCAGGCAAGAGGUGACUGAUUCGAAUGCCAUUACAGAAGAUGAUGAGAGUGCUAUCACAAGUACUGGUGCAAAAGAAGAGGAAGAGGAGGGUGAGGGAUUUGUAACUAGCACUGGAACUGCAAGUGAAGAUUCUUCAUUCUCGUCCGGCACGGAUGAGAAUUCUAAUUGUGCUCAGAUGUUUAAUUUCAAUAGCAAGGGUCAACCUAUAGCUGUUAACUCUGAAGAGAGGAGAGAGCCGAAAACUAACCAUGAACUUACUGAAGAAAUAAAGAGUGCAGUUAUUCUAAUAACUACAGAAGGUAGUGAACCGAGCAUUGCAGGCAGAAGUACAGAAGAGAAUAAUCUUGAAAAUGCCUUAUUGUUAACUCCUGAUGGUUCUGCUGUACUCUCUACAGCAGAAAAUCCACAUAUGCAAGAAAAUAACCAGACGGCUGAAAUGGAAAUUGAUACAUCUCAACGUACUGAAGAGAUAUUUGAAGUGGAGACGUGUGUGGCAAUACAUUCUGCUGCAGAUGAUGAGACAACUACAUUAAAUGCUCAGGGGCAAAAUCUUUUGACAUCUGAAACAAAUGAAGACAACCUGAGAACCUCAGCUGGGGAAAAUUCUUUAGUGGACGCUGCUUCUCAUUUACAGGAGAAUCCGACUGCAGAUAAAUCCGUAACACAUGAUCAAGAAGACGGCAACCUUAAUAUUUCCGAACAAGUCCCUUCAAAUGAUGAGCAAACUGUUGUAGACAACACUGUUCCUAAUCCCACUAUUAAACCUGAAGAUUCUCCUUUAGUAUCAGUAUCUGAAUCUAUACCAAGUAAUACAGUGCCUUCCGGUGGUCUGUCAGUUGAUCAUGGUCGCAGUUUCUCUGAUCAUGGUUCCAUAAACAGGGAGGUGGUAGAAGAAACCGAAUCUCGAGCUCCUGGUGUUAGAAGUGUUCAUUUUGCAGAUGAACUGGUGGCUGAUGUUUCUGGGAAUGAUGCGUUACAGGACGAACAAGAGAAAAUUACAACUGAGGAAAAGGAGGAAUGUUUGGAAACAACAAGUGGUAGUGCAGUCCUGGAGAGCAAAAAUCAAGAUGAGGAUUCUGUUACAGCUGAAAGCGAAAAUGAUGUAAAUCCGACAAACAAUCAAGAGGAAGAAAAAAGUGAAGCAAGUGAGAUUUCCCUAAUGCAACCACCUGAAACAGGGAGUUCUGAAAGUGAAGCAGUAUUAAGACAAGCACACGAGUCUUCUGAUCUUGGCAAGGGCCAAAGCUUUGUUGAGACGACAGACUCAAACACUUCAGAAGAACAGCAAUCCUCAGAACAAAAUGUACUGGAAACAAUUAAAGAUGAAGAUGUGCCAAGAGAGGAAAAAGCAACUUGUGAAACCUCCGGUCCAGAGGCACCAGAGGUGCCGUGUUCAGAAGAAUCUUCUCCAAAGGUGAAAAAGCCCCGAGGCCGUAAGAGUCUUGAAAAACUGAAAGAAGAAAGCCUUGCUAAGGAUAAACCUACAGAGGAAAUCCCAGAGGAACCCAAGCCACCAGAAAAGAGAAAAAGAGGACGGCCUCCAAAGAAACGGCCUCUGGUUCCUGAUACAGAGUUGUCAGUAAAGGAGAGUUCCGAAGAAGGAAAAACGUCAAAUGCACGCCUUCGACAGGAAGAAAGCACUUCUACAAAGAAAGAUGUGCGUACCUUGGAGAAGACUGAGCAAUGUCAGAAAACUUCUGAUGUAAGGUUGGAAGAUAAAAGUGGGCAGACUGUUCCCCGGAGAGGAAGGAAACCAAAACGUUCCCUCAGCACUUCAGAGAGUGAACCAGAAAAAAAGCGGAUGAAGUCUGUCUCUGAAGAGGAGGAGAAUGCUGAACAUACAGAAGACACUGACAAUGAAGAUGAUCAUAAAGGUGCCACAACACGAGCAGCCUCUCGCCUGGAAGCAGAGAGGAACCUGCCUCACAAGCCCACUACCCGAGCUGCUUCAAAGUUAAGUAGCCCUGAGCCUUCAUCACGUAAGAGGCGCAAAAAUAAAAAUUCACUCGAAUCCAAAUCACCCAAAAACACAAAUAUAAGGAUGAAAACACAAUUGUCUGGCACAAAACGUUGCCGAGAACCAAGUCCUCCUCUGGCGAAGUCUCGCGGGCAACAAACAUCAGAAGAAAUCACACCGAAGAGGGCAAAGCGCCAGUGAUUUUGCUUUUGGUUGGAUAAGAAACAUUAGCAAAGUUAAUUUAUAUGAAUCCUACAAUCUUUUUAUUUUAAUUUAAUACUCUGUACAAAAUGUACCUUCAUAGAGUGCUUAGAAUGUAAAGCACAUGUACACUAAGAUACCCCAAAAAGCAUCAAUGUUAAUGUAUUUAGUUGAAUAGUUUGGGGGGUUGGUAUUUAGAAUGUAGGUGCUGCACUGUAUAUAGUCUUGUAAUAUAGUAUUAUUUAAGCGUAUCAGGGAACACCCUUGUUAUAUUAUAUUGGACAUGAGUGAUUAUUUAUAAAGGGCCAUUAUUAUGCAUUCUCUAUGAGCCUUCAACAUGAUAUGUACAGCGAAGUAGAAAUUUCUGAUACACUUUUAUAGUAAGUUUGUGCAUUUAUAAACCACCUAUUGGCUGUUUCUCCAGGAUCCUUCCCAACUAUCUGCUUUGGCCUGAGUGUCUCAUUUGGGGAUUAGGACCUUUCUCCCCUGUACAGAACCUAUGGGCAGGGCUCAGCAGAACCGCCAGGAAGCAUUAUGUAUGAAUAUAGCCGUGCCUCCUGCCUGUUACCCAUACUCUUGGUGAAGGAGAGACGUCCCCACUCCCUCCCAGACACUGGAAGAGGAGCAGAAGUACAAGCAGCCUAGAAGAACUUGGAAAUUUCCAAACUCAUUGACUCAUUCUAGAUUUAUACAGUUUGAAUUGUAAUGUGUUGCAACGGGAACCAUAAAAUGUGCUUGCCCAUAUGUCACUAGGAUGGCAGGUAUGGUCAGCCUUCCAGGUGCCCUAAAGAGCAGCUAAGAAGUUAAGGUUCAAUAGCAGCAGGGCUGAUGUAUGGGCAACAAAACCUAUAUAUGAGCUGUGUUCCUGCCCUAGAUACAGCUGUUUUAAGUUAGAGGAACAGUAACGCCAAAAAAUAAAAUUGUAUCAAAGUAAUUAAACUGUAAUGUACUGCUGCUCUGCACUAGGAAGCAUUUUGUGUUUGCUUCAGAGAAAAGGAGAAUAGGCACAGGUUUCACUGCAGAUAACAAACUCUGUAGAAUACAGUGGUGUUUUACCUGUUAUCUGCUAAGUAACCUGUGCCUUUUCUCCUUUGAAUGUCUGCCCCCAUGGCUACACAGCAGCUUUGUUUAUAUAUAAACUAUAGUAGUUCCUGAAGCAAACACACCGGUUUUAUACGUGCAGGGCAACAGUACAUUAUACUGUAAUUACUAUAAAACACUUUCAUAUUUUGGUGUCACUGUUCCUUUAUUGGCUGUUGUCUCUGCUCACAUAGCAGCAACUACUGAGACUUGUCGCUGGAGAGUCCAGGCUGAGUUCCCCUUGAUAAAGUUAUGGUACUUCAUUCAUGUCGAAGUUUAAGAGUGAAUAUUUUUUCACAAAUUAACAAGUUUCUUUAAAAGGAUAAAAUGUAUAUAUAAAAUAUUUCUGUGAAAUAGAUUUUUUUUUUUUUCUUUUUAAAACUCCGUUGCAAGUUACAAAUUGUGAGACAGAACCAUUCACUUUAGAUUUCUGUUCUGUCUAAUUCAUUCAAGUUGUACAUAUAUCCCCAUAAACAAAUCCCUGUAUAGUUUUGUUAUGUAUAUAUAAUGUGUUUUGUGCAUACAUAUUGCAGCCUAUAAGCGAAGGCGUAGAACCCUGUAGGAGCAAAUGAACAUAUUCCAGUAUUAGAUUUUGCUCUGCUUUAAUGUUGCCAAAUCAUAAAUUUCUUUCUGCUGUUGCUCCUCUUAUUGCAUUCUCUUUAUAUAAUUUAUAAUCCACAUGAUACAUUGUAUUUUUUUGUUUUAUUUGUUACACAGUGGAUAUUUUGUGAUACAUCUUAGUUUCUUACUUUUUUUCUACAUAAAAUAUAUACUGGUUCCAGA